AUGGUUAUUCCGUUGUGGCCUAUUGUUUUUGCUGUUGUUGUUUGUAUUCUCACUGCCGUAUGGUACUGUUUAUCGUUCAAGAAGAAACUUAAAAGUGUUUUGUUCGUUGGGACUUGCGACUCAGGGAAGACUACUCUUUUCUCUGCUAUUAUAUAUGGAAAUCCAACCUCCACGUUUACAUCUCUCAACGAAAACGUCGGAAGCCUGCAAUUAGAUAAAAAAGUGCUUUUCAUUGUAGAUAUCCCUGGACAUGAAAAAGUCCGGAACGAGAUAAUCCAGAAAUAUAAAUCAGAUACAUUAGCUCUCGUUUUCGUCAUAGAUUCAAAAACUGUUCUGACUGACAUCAAAGAUAUCGCUGAAUUUCUAUACAACAUACUUGUUGAUAAAGUGCUUAUCAAAAACCGUGUGAAAUUACUGAUAGCUUGUAAUAAACAAGAUGCAACCACGGCCAAAGGAAUCAGUGUGAUCAGCAACCUCUUAGAAAAAGAGUUGAAUACGCUUACAUAUACACGUACUGGUGCACUUGCUAGUCUUGAUCAAUCGACUGUAACAACACUUACAAAACCGGGAGUAACAUUCACUUUUGCUAAGAAUCGUUUCCCUGUAGAUUUUGUUGAACUCUCUGCUAUAAAUGAUGUUUCUGUGAUACAUAAAUGGCUUGUACAGCUAUGA